AGCAAACCAAAUCAUUCCGUCGCCAUUUCUUCCACAGUGAACAAGUGCAAGCAAAAAAAAAAAAAAAAACAAGUUUAUCAAAAGUGCAACUUGUGAGCGGAUUAAAUUACCGUAAAAUCAGUCUUCCCACAUUCAACAGUCUUCCCUCAUCAUCAACCAGUCUUCCCAAAACGCCAACAAAAUACGACACAAAAAUGUCCACCGAACACAACGCGGCCCCACCGCUCCCAGACGAACUCCGUGACGCGUCCAACUGGUACCGCCAGCUAGCGUCCGAGGGCCUAGCCCGGCUGAACCUGUCCUCCUCCAAGCUGUUCACAAUCACCGCGGCCUGCCAGCAGUCGCCAGCCGUCGUAGCCCAGCAGCUGAUCGAUUCCGGUCUGCCCAAGCUGAUGGCCUCGGCCGUGCUGGAGUUUUGCCAACGUGCCACGACUUCUGAAAUUGGCUCGUCCUACCCGAUGGUCUCGUGCGCGAAGGUCACCGAACUGUUGGAGUUCUUCGCCGACCUGUGCUCCGUCGGGCUGUUGCGGGACUGGUUGGGCCUGGCUGGUGAGGGUGCGAUCUUCUGGGAACCGUUGCUCGCAGUGCUGUGCGAUGAUAAGCUCGGACGGGGAACUGCCACUGCCCUGCUGGAGAACAGCACGAUCAAGUUCCUGUCCAAGGUGACCGCUUGCCACGCCAAAAACCAGCAAGUACUGGUCGUGGCGAUGAUUUCCGUUCUCCGUUCCGGAGUGGCCUUAGCCACCUACAACUGCCGCAUGACCAGCCGGGUCAAGUCGAGCAUUGCCGUGUUCAUGCGCCGGUUGGUGGUGGAGAUAUUGCUGGAAGGUGAGAAGCUCACCGUCUUGAUUCAAAGCGAUCGCCCACUGAGGGACAAGAAAGAGAGCGCGGCUGAAUCGAACUCCGUUCAGAUGUACCUGAGCGUCAACACCAAGUGCGGAGACAUUUUGGAUCGGCUUGAAACCAAGUUUGACGAACCGAGGAUCGUCCAUCGAGCCAUUCCUGACGAAGAGAUUACCGGAGAAACUACGAUUGCCCUUUUGCUGGUCAAAUUGAGCGCUCGAGGGUUGUCGCUGUCGACGCUUACCAUCAUCUUGAACGUGACGGAAGCAGAUACAAAACUGGACGAGAAUCCGUACGCCGACGACCGAUCGGAAUCACCAGCUUCGACUCCGUCACCGCUUCCAGAGGACAUCGACCUCGUCCAACUCCCAACACCGUUGCAGGUCUUUGCCAGCCGUGGAGGUCUAUCCCUGUUGGCGUUGAAUCUGCCGAAGAACUAUCCAGAACUUCCCAACUCCACCCCCAAGGCGAAGGCCAUUCUGAAAAACUCGCUGGCGGCUUGUGCCGUGUUCCUGAAGCUUCCAGACUACGCCCAGAUGCUGCUGCGGGACAAGAUCCGUGCCCAGUGCCUGCUGCGGUUGAUCUUCGGUGAAACCGGGGACGGCGAAGGAAACGAGAUCGCCAAGCUGCCGCUGCUAUCUUCACUGCCUGUGGUUUCGUUCGAAACGCUUCGCCAGCUGCUGGAGGACACUCCGUACACGACCGAGGAUGGCGUACGGCUUUGGCGGUUGGUCAUCGAGGUGGGAGCGUUUCAUCAGGUGCUGGACUGUCUCAGCAUUUUUUCACACCACGAGCCAAACGGGGAGACUUCAAGUGCUUCGGCUGCUCAAGGGGGUAAAACGUACUGGCCAAAGGGCACCGGGUACGGAACCGGAUGUGAGAAGAGUUCCUGGAACUACGAACAGACCCAGAAGCACCAGAAACACGAGGAAGAAUUGGUCAUCGUACUGCUGAAGGUCCUCUCGAUGUACAUCAACCCGGCGGACAUGAUUCCGUCCCAGCUGGAACUAUCGUACGAGCAGUGUGGCGAAAUGCUUCCAGAACUACCGCCGAUUCUGCUGUUUUUGCUGCUGCAGUCCUCGCUCAUUCCGAUCCUCAACUCGUACCUUCGAAACGAUUCCGUGCUGGACAUCACCCUGCACAUUCCGCUGUACCAAGCGAUUCUGUGGCUGAUUCGUGGCGUUUCGUUGUCUCGCCAGCUGGUUCCACUGCUGGAGGACAAAAGUAACGCAGGCGGCACAACGAUCGCGACACUGCUCGCCAACAUGAAGGCCUGCGUCGAGCUGUACGUCAACAAUCUGAAGCUGGAUCGAAAGACGACUGCGACGACGUCAAAGGCCAAGCUGGACGCCGAGGACGAGGGUUUGGUAGUGCUCUUCUCGGACAUCAAGGAAACGCUUAAACUUGUGCAGGAAGCAACGCGUGUUGAUGGUGGGGGAGCGGUGAAGAAGCAGUCGGUUCAGGGUGGUUCAAGUGCUGUGGUGAGUGCCGUUUCGGCCGAAGAUCGUUACUUGGAGCUGAUGAAGCCGCUGCAGUUUGGGUCGUACGACAUGAUCGGUGAAGAUGGGGCGUUCGUCAUCUCGCAUCACUACGGUACGAAGGCUAGGUACUCUGGAACUCGUGCGACUCCCCGCCAGGUGAAGCGACUGGCUCAGGAAACGGUUACGCUGUCUACGAGCUUGCCGCUGUCCUUUAGCAGUUCGGUGUUUGUGCGCACGGAUACCGACCGGUUGGACGUUAUGAAGGUGCUGAUUACCGGUCCGGCAGACACUCCGUACGCGAACGGUUGCUUCGAGUUUGACGUGUUCUUCCCGUCCGGCUAUCCGAGCGUCCCGAUGUCGGUGAAUUUGCAGACCACGGGUAAGGGGAAGGUUCGCUUCAACCCGAACCUGUACCAGGACGGGAAGGUAUGCCUGUCGGUGCUCAACACGUGGGCCGGCCGGCCGGAGGAAAAGUGGAAUGCCGAAACGUCCAGCUUUCUGCAGGUACUGGUUUCGAUUCAGAGCCUUAUCCUGGUGCCGGAACCGUACUUUAACGAGCCGGGGCUGGAGCAGCGACGCGGUUCGCCAAGCGGAACGCAGGCAUCCGUUGAGUACAAUCGUAACAUUCGGCUGGCCACGGUGCAGCACGCCAUGAUCGACCAGAUCCGGAGUCCGUGCCCGUGCUUCAAGGAGAUCAUUCACGCGCACUUCUACCUGAAGCGGGACGAAAUCCGCGUCCAAGUCGACAAGUGGCUUUCGGAGUCGGACUCCCGCGCAGCCCUGCAGCAGCCGUGCCGUGUGCUGCUGGAUGAACUGGCCAAGUUGCAGCCACCGGCCGUGAAGCAGUCCGAACCGCCCGUCGUGGACGUUGCCGCAGUGGCCGGACCUUCUUCGUUGACGGUGCCGUCGCCAUCGCCGUCGCCUCCACCACCAGUGGAACCGGUGAGCACGACGACCUCGAUGGAACCGAAUUCGGAGGAGCCCGGACUGGAUUGGGAGGACUUUGCCGAUUCCGACGAUGGCGACGGUGAAGGUGAGGGAAGCGAGGAGCUUUCCGAGCCGGAUGAGGAGGAUUUUGAUUGUUGAGUAGAAGUCGAUCGUUCAAACAAGUGCCAAAUGAAGAUAAUGUAGUUUUAGUUUCUUAAUCGCAGUCAGCCAUGAAGGUUUCGUUGAGUUGUUUUAAACAAGUGUUGGUACAAAUAAAGAUGCGCUUACUUUAUCAGAGAAUUCACAAUUCAAA